UAAAAAAUAAUUGUUAAAAUAAUAAAUAACCAUGGCGGAGAACUCUGGUUACGUGAACGAUGAAACACAAGUUACGUCUUUCACUAAUGAGAAAAACACUAACGGCACGGAAAAGAAAAAAGACAAUGCUUACGAAAAUGACGAGGUUGGAAGUGGAACUGACGUUCAAGUGGACAUCUCAGAACAAAACCACACUGGUCCUUAUGCUGGAAUGCCAAAAGAAGUUCUUUUGAAAUACUCGCGGCAAAAAAGAUUUCUUUGGGCUCGACACAUUUUAACAGGAAUGGUCAUUCUGAUUAUCUUCAUCUUGCUGGCUUUGGUGAUCACAAUUAUCGCCAUAUCGCCCCCGUGUUUACAGUUUUGGCAAACAAGUCCGAUUUAUCACAUCUACCCCAAGUCAUUCAGAAGUGCUGAUGACAGUAACGGCAAUGGAGAUUUUAAAGGUAUCAUCGAAAAGUUGGAUUAUGUUCAAACUGAUCUUGGCAUAAAUUUUAUUGCUGUCAGUUCUGUUUACGAAUCUCCCCAAUUUGACAACGGAUACGACGUUUCUGACUUCAAAAAUGUUGAUUCAAUUUUUGGAACAAUGAAAGAUAUGGAAAGCUUCAUCGUGGAAGUUCAUGACAGAGGCAUGAAAAUUGUCGUGGAUUUUAUACCAAAUCAUUCAAGCGACAUGCAUGAAUGGUUUCUUGCCAGCUCAAAUACGACUCAUCCACAACACGAAAAAUAUAAGGAUUAUUACGUUUGGGUAAACGGAUCCAGUGAGACUGAUGUGCCAAAUAAUUGGAGGAGUGAGUAUGGCAAUGAAUCUGCUUGGACUUGGAAUGAACAACGUCAGCAAUUUUACUACCACAGUUUUUCUAGCAAACAACCCGAUCUCAAUUUAAGAAGCGAGGACGUUAGAAACGAAUUGAAGGACAUUCUCCGAUUUUGGUUAGAAAAGGGAAUUGAUGGUUUUCGUUGCCUUGGAGUAGAGUAUUUGUUUGAAGCAGAACAUCUACGAGAUAAUCCCGUUAUCGACGUUACAAAGCCAAUGUCUAGAGAAAAUCUGUAUCCAGAUUACACGCAAAAUUACAAAGGAAGUCAUGAUUUAGUUGCUGAUUGGAGAGAACUGUUGGAUCAAUACAGCACUGAGCCAGGAGUCUACAGAUUUUUGGAAACCCAAUUUGAAGGCGAUGACUCCACUUCGAUAAGGUAUUAUGGUACUGAACAAACAAGAGAAGCAGAUUUUCCUAUGAACAGUCAAUUCCUCAAAACCAGUGGAAAAGAGUGGAACGGCAACAAUAUUAGAAAUAAGAUAAUGAAAUGGAUGAGUGCUAUGCCUGAAGGAAAGUGGCCAAACUGGGUGUUGAGCAAUCCCGAAAGUUCACGAGUCGCAUCAAGAACGGAUGUUGAAAUAACUCGAUGUAUUGGUAUGAUGUACAUGACUCUACCUGGAACUGCUGCUGUUUAUUAUGGAGAUGAAAUAGGAAUGACGGAUAUAACUCUCGCAUCAUCAACAGAGGAUCGUCGCAAUGCAGCUCGUUCUCCGAUGCAAUGGACAUCUGGUGACAACGCAGGGUUUUGCAAAAAUUGUACAUCAUGGCUUCCAAUUAAUGACAAUUAUAUGAAUGGAAUAAAUGUUGAGAAUCAAACAAGCCAAUCUCUUUCCCUCUUGGCAAUGUACAAGAAGUUAAUUUCUCUAAGAAGUGACAUCAUAUUUCAAAGAGGAUAUUUCUGCAUGCUACAAACGAACACUGAUGUGCUGGUGUAUGUUAGAGAGCUUUCCGGCUUAACUUCAAUGAUGAUUUUAGUAAAUUUCGGCGAUACAUCAGUAGGUGAAAUUAAUCUGGCAUCUCUUUACUCUAAUCUGCCAUCUAGUGGACAAGUCGAGUUAUACACUAGCGACAUUGACAAUUUCAAAGUUGGCAACACAGUCUCGUUUGAAAACCUCAAUUUGCCCGCAAAAUCGGCAGUGAUCGUGAGCUAUAAUGAGCAUUUUAUGUUCAACGAAAGAUCAGAUAUGGUUGGAAGUUGUUUUAUCAAUUCAAAGGUGUGCUACAACACGGCUCUCCAGGUUGUCCAGACAUGUUAGUCACAAAGUUACUUUUAUAAGUGUGAACACAACAUAACUAAUAUAUAACUUGAAGUCUCAAUAGCUAUUAAUCCAUGUCUGAUUAGUUUUACACCAACUACAACGACCUAAGGUAGUGCAUGAAUUGAUUUAUUCACCAAUUUUCAAUGCUUCUUUCCAUCGGACCUUUCGAUUAACAAUUUUAAUCAUCGAAAUUGUCACAACUUUGACUAUUUGUAUUGCCUAUGAUUUCAUUUAGCUGGAAUUGAAAAUAAAGUAAUUUGAGAACUACA